CGCAAGGUCGGUCGCCGUGCCUAAAGCAAGCGCAUCGAACCUGGAGCCAACCUUCGCAAUGAACUUCAACUUAAGGUAGCGGAACCUUUGUCCUCAACCCUGUCCUCGACCUGGCCACCGACCUUGCCAUCAUAAUCAACAUCGAAAUCAACACCGAAAUCGAAGUCCCACGACUCGACGCACUUUCCUCUGUGCCGCAUCAAGUGUCAACCUACAGUGCUUACCUACCUUGAGGGCUUUCGACAGCGCCCACCGGCAGCGCACCGUGCUCUCAUCCCCGCGACCUGCGACUUCACGAACCUGACAAGGCGCCUUAGCUAGCUUGCUCUACUUCCCGGGCACCAACCCUCUGCCCUUGGUACAGUACCACGUGCCACACAACCCGCACCUCUUAUUCACCACCGCAAUUCGGUCUGCGACCCUGUCGACGAAUUCUUCUGGGUCCUGGGUCGCCAGCACAUGCUCUGACUAUGGAUCGGGGUCACCAACCCAACGCGCUUGGUCCCCGCCAUGACGAUGCAUCGAGAGUUCAGAAGCCCGAGUCGGCAGCCGACCGCUUGGCCGCGCUCAAAGCUCGCGUUGCCGCCGCAGUGGGAGGCGCCAAAGCCAAGGGCGGGCUGAAUACGCCACUGCAUCCCGCUCUUGCUGACUUGUCUGCUCCGGUCAAGCCUGGAGGAGCCUCUUCUUUCAGACCGGGGACGGGCCAGCGCUCUGCCCAAGAUAUCGCCAAAUCUUUCAACAAGAAAAAGCCGCUGGGCUUCUCGGCGACAGGCCCCGAUGGCGCGCGGUCCAAUCCAUAUCUCGAGCCUGUACAUGGCCCGACGGGCAAAUUGCGCGAGUCGAGACAGCUCAUCUUCAACCAGAAGGGCAAAUACAUCCACCAGGCUAAUGCUCUGCGGAGACAAGCGGCCCUGGAGGACAUGAAAAAGAGGAUCGCGGACCAGGCUCGCAAGUCCGGCCUGGACGAGGACCGAGACGCCGAGAAGGCGUUUGCGCUGGAUGCCCCUCCAGAGCUCGAGUGGUGGGACGAGGCGCUCAUCGGCGGCAAAGACUACAGCGACAUCCCCCAGUCUCUAAAGCUCGACACGGACGACACCAUCGUAACAUCACUAAUACAACAUCCCGUGGCCAUCGAGCCACCGCAGGAGAAACUGGCGCCGGAGCCAAAGCCCAUGUAUCUGACGCCAAAGGAGCAGCAAAAGCUGCGGAGACAGCGGCGCAUGAUGGAGCUCAAGGAGAAGCAGGCCAAGAUCCGACUGGGGCUCGAGCCCGCGCCGCCGCCAAAGGUCAAGAAAUCGAACCUGAUGCGCGUGCUCGGCGAGGAGGCCGUCAAGGACCCGACGGCCGUCGAGGCUCGCGUCAACCGCGAGAUCGCCGAGCGCUUCGACAAGCACAUGCAGGAGAACGAAGAGCGCAAGUUGACAAAGGAGCAGCGCCACGAGAAGCUGGCCACCAACCAGGCCAAGGACGCCUCCCGCGGCAUCCACAUCCUCGUCUUCAAGAUCGGCAGCCUCGUCAACGGCCAGCACCGCUACAAGAUCAGCAUCAACGCCACCCAGAACGGCCUCAACGGCGUCUGCAUCAUGCACCCAAAGUUCAACCUCGUCAUUGUCGAGGGCGGCGAGCACAGCAUCGCCAAUUAUAAGAAGCUGAUGCUGCGCCGCAUCGACUGGACCGAGACGCUACCCACGCGCGAGAAGGACGCCGCCGCCAUCGCUGCCGCCGCCUCCUCGGCCGUUUCCGGGCCGUCCGCCGCCGCCGUGCGCGACUGGCUCAAGGCCGAGGACGAGGAAGGCAACCUCAGGGAUCAGUCCGGCAACAAGUGCGUGCUGCUCUUCGAGGGCGAGACCAAGGCCCAGGCCUUCAAGAAGUGGGGCAGCAAGGUCUGCGAGACGGACCAUGAAGCCAGAGAGAUUCUGGCCAUGCGCAAGAUGGACAACUUCUGGACACAGGCAAAGAACACGCCGCUGUAGUGCUGUGUUUCACUGCGAGGGCAUUGCCUUGUCUUGUUUGCGGCACCCCCCUUGCCCUUCUUUUACGGGAAAAGGGGGCGUGACGCGUGUAUCUCCAUGUCAUCAAUCUAGGUAUCUGACCUGUAUUUCAACCCAACUAUAUCCCAAAUGGCGCAGUUUGCUACAUGAAGAAACUUCUACAGAGACAUGGCAGUGUAAACCUUUUGUACAACCACUCCCACAGUUAUACGUGUCAAGAGUAAACAAAGUAACACUAAAGAAUUGUCACACGUCC